AUGUCUUUCCUUCAUAAUCAUUCUUGCGAGUGCGUUAAGUCAGAAUUGGAUUUGUUUGCACUACCGUCUACACAAACUAGCAUUGAAAAUGGAUUGUGGAUUCAUUAUAAACCAAUUUCAUCUCUUGGUGAUGAUGGACCUAUCGAGUUUCAAGUUCCUGGGACCGGCGAUGACUAUAUAGAUUUGUCUCAUACAUUACUCCACAUAAAGGCAAAAGUAUUAAAUCAAGAUUCAACUAACUUGCUAUCUACUACAAUAGUAGCACCUGUAAAUAAUUGGCUGCAUUCACUUUUUAGUCAACUUGAUGUUUAUUUAAACCAAAAACUUGUAUCACCACCUAAUAAUACCUAUGCAUAUCGAGCAUACAUGGAAACCCUUUUAAACUAUGCCCCUGCUGCUAAACAAUCUCAUCUUACUUGUAGUCUUUGGUAUGAGGAUACAGCAGGAAAAAUGGAUUCUACAGAUGGUAAAAACAUAGGAUUUGUUAAAAGACAGGAAUUGAUUAGUGAAAGUAAGGAAAUAGAAAUGAUUGGUCAUCUUCACGGUGACAUUUUUAACCAAGAUAAAUUUUUAAUUAAUGGUGUUGAAAUGAGUGUUAAAUUGGUUCGAUCAAGAGAGAGUUUUAAUUUAAUUGUUGGAUCAAACGAUGUAAAGUUUAAAGUUUGUAUUACGGACGCAACUCUUAUUGUUCGACGAGCACGAAUUAAUCCAAGUGUAUUACUCGCACAUCAAAAAGUUUUAGCUUCUACCACUGCUAAAUAUCCUAUUACUCGAGCUGAAGUAAAAGUUUUAACAAUUCCUUCGGGUGUUCAAGGAAAAACUCUUGAUAAUAUAUUUUUAGGACAGGUACCGAAAAUAUGUAUAAUUGGAUUUGUGAACAAUUCUGCAUUUAAUGGUUCCCUUACUAAAAAUCCAUUUAACUUUGAAAACUAUGGUAUUAAUUCUUUCAGCUUAUAUAUUGAUGGUCAACAAAUACCUUCAAAAGCUUUGCAACCAUCUUUUAAUAAUAGCAUAUUUACAUCAGCAUAUCAUACUCUAUUCUCGGGAACUGGUAUUCACUUUCUUAAUGAAGGAAAUGGAAUCUCUUGUGAACAGUAUGGCAAAGGUUACUGUCUAUUAGCAUUUGACUUAACUCCUGAUUUAUCAGCUAACUCAUCAACUCAUUGGAAUCUCAUAAAGCAUGGUAGUGUAAGAAUAGAAGUACGAUUUGAAUCCUCAUUAAUACAAACAAUUAACUGUAUAGUUUAUGCUGAGUUUGAUAAUAUUAUUGAGAUAGAUAAAAACAGAAAUGUUACUGUAGACUAUAGUAGUUAA